AUGAAUAUUGACCAAAUCCUGGAAAAAAUACCUCUUGCAGAUGACUAUGAAGAUGAACGCAAUCUUAUAAAUAUUGGUACUGAUCGAUUUUCUGUUUUUAGUAGUACUAAUGAACAUAAAGAUGUAGUAAAUAAUAAUUUCGAUAAAUGCAAAAUGAAUCGUUUACAUAGAGCAAUGGAAGUAUAUUGUUGGUUGGUGCUUGAAAAGGAUGGAAUAUUUGUUAGUGAACGACUCAAAGAAAAAUAUCCUUUUUCGCAAAUAAUGCCAUUUAUUACUACUAAUUGUCAUAAUCUCAAAGAACUUUUAUUACAAUUUAAAGAAUUCGAAAAUCAAGAUUUUGAAAAUGUUUUUUAUAACAUGUGUCAUCUUGAAAUACUGAGGAUUCAUUGGCAAUGUAAAAAUUCAACUCUACCAUUGACUUUAGUCAAGUCAUUAGAAGAAGUUCGUAGAACCUUGAAAGAGUUAUGUCUUUCACGUAAUCAAAAUGAAAAAUAUCUCGGCCUACCAGAUUCAUUGGCUUUGGUAUUUCCUCAAUUAAUCACUUUGAAUAAAUUAAAAUUAAUUAAUUUUGAACCAAGCCAAUCAUUAGUCGAGUCAAUAGGUGAAAUAAAAAAUUUGGUACAUUUAAGAUUCAUGUGUUCCUGGCUGAACAAUCAUUCAGUGUUUGAUAAAACAAUCAACAUGUAUCCAAUUGGGAAUUUGCAACAUCUUGAGACCUUGUAUAUUGAUUAUGAUUGUGGCGUUACAGAUGAAUUUUUCAUUAAUCUUUGUAAUAAUGCUAAAAAAUUGAAGCAUUUAGAUGUAAUUGGUAAAAAUAUAACAGAUAAUGGUAUGAUUGCACUUAAUAAUUUAAAACAAUUAGAAUCACUGAAAUUUAAUUUAAAUGGAUUAGAAAAAAAUGACUUUAUCACUGAUCAAUCAGUUCAAUGUUUAGCUUAUGAAAAAUGUGAAUACUUGCAUUUAUCUAAUUGCACUUGUAUCACCAAUAGAUCAGUAGUUAAACUAUUUGAAAAUUUGCCAAAUUUAAAAAUUUUAUAUGUUAGAAAUACAAAAGUAACUUUUAAAAUUGUCACAGAAAUUUUAGAAUUAACAAAAUAUCAUAAAAAACCAAUAUUUAUUUAUGUAUCUUUUGAAGAUCGUGAUGAUAUUUUCAAAUCAUUAGCGCUAUCAGAUGUUUUUUUUAAGUCUAAUUUUAAUAAUGAAAAAUAAAUCGACAUACUGAUCUAGAUAUACUCUGGUAGAAUUUUGUGCAGUUUCGUGAGAUUGAAUCUCGUGACUAGCUAUUUGUAUAUUAGCUAAAAAAUGUAUACAGUUUCGAUAGAUAAUAACUGGCCAGUGAAUAUCUAUUUUACCUUAUAAUAUAUAGUUUUUAUAAAAACAAAAUCAGAUUAAUCAUAAUUUUUUUAUACAAAUUUUAUAAUAAAAUAUAAUAUGAACAGAAGCAAAAAUACUUUGCGUAUUGAACAGCAUCGAACGUUAAAAGAAAUCCGAGAUUGGUAGAGUUCCGUCUAUAGUUCGGUUAGAUUGAAUCUUGUAACUAGCUAUUAAUAAGCUAUAAAAUGUAUACACAUAUAUAUAAUGCUGAUUCGAAUCAUACAGUUAAAAUUUUAACCAUAAAUUUUCAUAUCUGAAUUCAA